UAUUUAACGAAGAAUUAAUAUAUAAACAUUUUAGAAGAAGCAAAAAAAAAAAACAAAACAAAUAUAGAGCCUGCGUUUACUUUGAUCCAAAUACGUGAAAGCAAAGAGGAGACGAAUAUUUUAGGCGAGUGUGUGUGUAAUAAGGAUGAACACUGCCUGAGAUAAUAAUAUUCCCUCUCUGAUAUUUUUUCGAAAGGCAAAAGGGUGAACUUUUGUUUACGCGAAUGGUGCAUGCAUAUAAACACAUGAGAUGAAUGGGGAAACAUGGAUCGUCAAAACCAAGGGAGAGGGAUGAAGGGCGGGAGGAGGUCAAGAGUUGGAUUCUUUAAAGGUAAAAUGAUGGCGGCCUUUACUCAACCUGCAGCUUCUUCCCCAAACCUCAACACCACCACCACCUCCUUCCUUCGUCAUCCUCCUCACUCUACUACUUAUGUUGCUUCCUCCUCGGCUCAGCCCAACGUCUCUUUCCCCCUCCAACCAUCAGCAGCAGCGGAGAGUAGUAAUAACGAGAUGGAGAAGAAGCUGAAUAAGCUGGCGGAGAAGCUGUUUGGAAGCCCUGUUGCCGCCGACGACACCAUUGACGUUAGGGCCUCUUCUUAUAUCUCUUCCGUUCAGGAGAGGUUUAAGCGUGAUGAGAAGCUUUAAUUCCUUCCUCGUUCGCUUUUCAGGUUUCAGCAAAUAAUUUUUACUGUUUACCGUAGUUGAAUAUCCCCCACUAAGUUUCAUUCUAAACUUGUAUGUUUUACCUGAUCUGAGUUGUAUAUAUACGUCGUUGCAUGGUC